GCAAAGCACCGGGUUUAAACCCGGUGCUUUGGUAAAAACCCAAUAAACACCCAUAAACUCCCAUAAUCACCCAAAAAAAUAGGUUUUUACGUAUUUUUUUGAAAAUAUGUAAGUAAUACCAAUAAAUUAUUUUUAUAAAUUGUAUUGAUCAAUUCUACAAUAUUAAAUAAAACGUUAACUAAUAAUAUUUCAGGAAAUUUUAAAAAUCUAUAUAUAAUAAAAUGAAAGUAAUUAAUUUUCAGUGUUUUCAUGUUGCAGUUGAUCAACAUGUUGGCCUUUUGCUUCCCGUAGAUACUUUAAAAUUUCUUCAUAACACCUCGUUCGCACACAUGGCCGUAUAUAUUUAAAUUCUUGAGCCACUAACAGUCCGAAAUACUCAUUUCUUUUAUCCUCUUCUCCAUAAAUUAAGCAUUUAGAACAGUUUGUUUCUUCUUUCAGUAAAUUUUCUUUUACUUUAGCCUCGUUUUUUUCUUUGUUGCGACGACGCUGGGUAAAUCAUCUGGACACUGGGUCUCACUAUCGCCAAAUAUAUUUGGAGAUCGGCUUCGGCUACGGCUUGGCAGACAUUUUUUUCUUUCUACAAUUUUAAAUUAAAUUUAUUAGAAUAAAUGCUUCGAACACACGCGAUCUAAGUACCUUUUGUGUUUAUUAUACCUUACCUACCUAGGUAUAAAAAGAGUACUUACGUAGAUUUUCUUUUAUUAACUGUUUUAUACGAAGAUCUUGAUCUCUCAAAUUAGCAUCCAUUUUACUUCCAGUGAUUAUCAACUAAAUUAAUAAUCCACAAAGUAUUAAAUAACGUUUUUAUGAAAUAUUUAGCACAAAAACAAUACCCUUUAAAUAUCGAUCGUCAGUAACUGUGGCUGACUUACCUAUAUUCUAGAAAGCAGGACUGCCAGAUGUGAAGGGGAAAUCCCCAAUAAAUUGUUGCAUGUGACUGAUGAUGUGAGCAUGUUCGUUUCAUAAUAAAAAUGUUGCCAGGUAACCAAAAAGUCGUAUGUUUUUGUGCGAAUUACGAUCAUAAUCUUUACGAUCGUACAUUAAAAAAUAGACAAAUAAUAGUAUGAGUACGAUUUAAAUCGUAUAUCUGUCAACCCUGCUAGCAAGACAGCGACAAAAUCACGUUGCAUAACAAUGUAGCCCAAGCUUAUAUCUUAUGAAAUAUACGGAAGAGAUACGGACUUAGAAAAAACAGAAAUGUUGUUCUUUGUGGAAGUCAUUGAUGAAAUUCUAUGUAUUUUAGCCCGCAAACUUUCUUCAAACAAAAACAGCGCCAUCUAGUAUCGAGUUCUGUAAUUAUCUCUUUGUUUAUGGAUUUGAAGUAAGACCGCCACGCAUGCAAUACAUUAUGACUGGGGAUUCCCCUAUUCGUCGACGCUGAAUAUGAGGCGACGACAAUCACUGUCAAACGUGUUCACUAUUACUCUGACUCUGGUAACGUGACUUCCUGGUAACGUGUUAGGUAGGAAAAGCAGUAAAAAAGUGCAUAUUAAGGGAGCAGAUUUGAAAUAAUAUUUAUACUUAACAAGAAAUAAUUAAAGGUUCAAUGGGGAGACCUAAAGAUUUACGCAUAUGGGAGCACUACCGUACUUUACCAAACAAGUCUGUUUCUUGCAAGCUUUGUAAUAAGGUCUACAAAUUCAGUAAUGCUGCCAAAAUGCUUCAACAUCUUAUCACUUGUCCAAAAUCUCCAGAAACAUUAAAAGACUCUAUGAAACUUAUAAAAGAUAGCUCGUCCAAAACCAAAAUGUCUGGACUGUCAGAGAUAGAGACAAAUGAUUCUUUUAUAAGCCCCUCGUCGUCUGCUAACACUACAAUAAAUGCUGAGUUUCAAGACACCGAUGAUCAUAUAAAAACAGAAUUAGCGAGAGCUAUAUUUGUAACAGGGACGCCAUUAUCGAUGGUGCAACAUCCUUUAUGGAUACAAUUUUUCGAAAAAUUGCAACCAAAAUUUAAAAUACCUUCACGUAAAGCUUUAGCGACAAAAUACUUAGAUAAAAUAUAUAGAGAAAUGCGUUUUGAGUUAAAUGAGGAACUAAAUGCUUGUAGUUACUUACACCUUCAGUGCGAUGGCUGGUCUAAUUUAAGAAAUGAAGGAAUAAUAAACUUUCUUAUAUCAAAACCUCAACCUGCAUACGUUAAAAGUUUGAAUACAGAAAGUAAUCCUCACACUAGUGAAUACCUUAGCCAAGAAGUUGAAAAAGUAAUGAAAGUGUAUGGAGCAAAUAAGUUUCUUGUACUUAUUGGCGAUAACGCUAGAAAUAUACAAAAGGCAUUCGAAUUAACAAAACUCAAAUAUCCACAUGUUGUUCCUCUCGGUUGCUGUGCACAUAUCCUUAACUUGUUGUGCCAAGAUAUUGUAAAGAUACAAGAAGUAACUGUGUUUAUUAUGCAAGCCAUAAAUAUAAUAAAAACUGUUAAAAGGAGUCAACGAUUAAGUUCCUUGUUGAUAAAAUCAAGGCAGGGUGAAGAUUCUACACAAACACUAAAAUUGCCUUGUGCUACAAGAUGGGGAAGUCAUGUUACUUCGUUAAAAAGUUUGAAAGCAAAUAAGAUAGCUUUGCAAAUAUUAACAGUUAGAGAAGAUGUGGUAAUUUCAAGAGAUAUUAAAGAUUUAAUUCUAAGUGAUGAUUUCUGGACGAAGACAGGGGAAUGUAUAAGUAUUUUGGAACCAGUCACUGAAAGCAUAUUUUACUUAGAGAGCGACCAGAAUCGUUUGCAUCGCACAUACAUUACAUUUAGAGAUGUACAAGCUAAGAUACGUUUUGCAUUAAAUGAGAUUUCGACAUUGAGCGAAGAAAGCAAACAGCAGAUUCUAACAUCAGUAUCUUCAAGAUGCAAUAUGGCAAUGAGGCCAAUACAUUUUGCAGCAUAUAUUCUAGACCCCAGGACUCUAGGAGUCGAACUUACUCAAGAGGAAGAACUUAAGGGUAUGGAGUUUAUCUACAAUUUAAGCCAACACUUAAGUUUGUCAAAUGUAAUGGCAGAUUUGGCGUGUUAUAAAGCUAAAGAAAACUUUUGGGCCAGAGGAUUUGUAUGGAGCUCAUUAGAUAGCAUUGAGCCCCUAAUAUGGUGGAAAGGUAUUUGUGGUUCCACUGAGUUAAGCAAAGUAGCGAUUCGUAUUCUAUCAGCUCCCUGUACUUCGGCAGCCACUGAGCGUUCCUUUAGUAUCCAAGGCUACAUACAUAAUAACAAAAGAAAUCGACUUACAACUGAAAGAACUGAAAAAAUUUCAUUCAUUUGUUAUAACUGGAAUCUUAAACAUAAAGCUGAAUGCGAGGACAUUCAGUUUAAUGAAGAAAAUACCUUAGAAGCUUUCAUUGAGCAAGUAAAUGAACAUAACAGUUUAGACGAAAUAGAGCCUAUCGAACCUAUACAAUUCAUCGCUUGUAAUAACUCUGAAUCUGACAGUGAUUGACUGUAGUUUUACAUUUUACUUUCAUCUCUUUCUUAAUAAACUCAAAAUCAAAUUAAAAGUUUUUUAUUCUGUAGGCUGCAUAAUAAUAUUGUCUAUGUCCAGUAUAGUGGACGUCUUGCGGCUGAGAUGACGAUGAUGAAGUACAAAAUCAUAAACACCCAAAAAUUUGGGUGUUUAUGGGGUUUAAACCCAAUAAACCCAAAACACCCGGUUUUUACCCACCAGACUUUAAACCCACCCAGGUGGAUUGCCCAUC